UACUUGUUUCGUAACACCUCGAUUUUCAGCACUAAUUCUAAUUCAGAUUUACUCUUAAAAAUGUAUCAUCAACUCAGCAAAUUAUCUGGUCGUUUAGUAGCUGCAACAAAUUUGCAGUCGCCGCUGUUCCCUGUGGUACCAAUUGCUCUGCAACGAGCGGAACCCCCACAGAUCCAAUAUACAACUGCACAGCUGUCCACGGUGACAGAAGCUGGUGCUUGUGCUGCAGGUCCCAGGAGGACCAUUCCUGGCACCAACAUCCCCUACCCACCUGUUCCAGAGUCGAUUCGUAAGCAACAAGAACAAUUCCAGAAAGAAGAUGAUGUUCCUGUAUUCCUGAAGGGUGGCCCUAUGGAUGGUAUCUUAUACCGUCUAACCAUGGCUCUCUGCAUUGUAGGACUCAUUGGUGUUGGACACACUGUCUACAUUCAUGCUGUUCCUAAGAAGUAAACAUUGUAAUUUAUUUACUAGUUAUUAGUUGAUGUUAUAAGAUUCAAGUGCUGUAAUAAAACAUUAUAAUCAAGGUGCAAAUCU